AUGGACAGAUCCUGCACUGCUAAAGGGUCGGGCUCUGAUCCUGCGCCGCUCACCGCUUACCUAAGAAGUGACGGCAACCCGGGCGCCGCUUUGCUCCUCGUGGGACCCGGGCAGGAAGUAGCGCUUCCCCGAGCCUGGGAGCCCGCCGGGAGGGCAGGAGGCGGCGCCGGAUUAGGGCCGCGGAGCGAAGGAGGAGCCGAGCAGAGUCAGGCCUGGGUGGGCUCCGGUUCAUCCUGAUCCUCGUUCUGCACGUUUUGUAAGUACCAAAAAAAAAAAAAAAUGCAUGCAAGAAAAUGCAUGCAGGGCUUGGGUUUUUUAAAUUAUUAUCCUCUCUUUGCACAGAAUAACAUCCGUCUCCCUGCCCUCUUCCUGCUCACCUCUUUAUUCGCUCCGCCGGACUUUCACUUUUGGGGCGUUCAUAUUAAAGCAUAUUCUCUACCCCUGAAAUACUUAAUAGAAGGAUUUUAUUAAUGACAAGCACAGGAUUCUUGUGCAUCUUGUCCUUUCGAUUUUUGGCCCACUAGGGUAUUCUAACUGGAAUGGAGGUGGGUUUUUUUGGUAAUGUGUGGGGCUAUCAUUGGACACUAGGGAGGCUGCUUUUCUAGAUUCACUUCUGUGAGAGUAGGUCUCUUAAGAUCUUGCUUUAUCUUGAGCUCCCCCCCCCUUUCCCCCCCAAAAAAGAUUUAUUGGGUUUUCACAAAAUUAAAAAAACACACACAAAUAAACAAACAAGCAUAAAUCAUAACCUUAUUAAAACUAAUCUUCUUAACAUUGUUAAGUAACUUCCUCGUAUCCCCCUAGUUGGAUUUCAAUGAAUAUCAUUUUAACGGUUUUCCAAAUCAAAGUUCUUAAAACCUUAACUUAAUCACUUAACAUCAGUCAUUCUUCCCAAUUCAGCAUUAAACAUAAUAAUUCCUCGCUUUUCUUAGAGGGUUUUUUCUUUUAAAAGAGUAGCCCAGAUAAUUUCCAUUGUGAUGAGCUUUUUACAUUUAUCUAUGAGUUUUUAAAACCAGCUGUUCAAAAAAAGUGUGGAUUGAGAAUAAAUGGGGAGAAGAUUUAUUUGCAGUGGAGGGGACAUUUCUCUCCCCCACCAAAAAAAAGCUGGGGAGACGUCUGCUAUUACCACAUUGUUAGAGAAAUGAAAGUUUGGAUGAGGCCAGCAAUUGUGUUGUUUGCAGCUACAGUGUAAAUUCCUUGGAUGGAAGUUGGUGCUUUUUUAUUUUGCUCUUCAAAAUCUAGUACACAGUAGUGCUCAAGCUCAGCUACAGCACGGCAAAGAGGCGCACAAUUUUUUCAUCCCCAUGGUUAAUCCUGUGAACAGUGGUUCUGAGCCUUUUUUGUCAAAACACUUCACUUUGGACAAAAUUCUGGUGGAAUCCUUGCUGCUAAAAUCCUGUCCACGGUUAGGCAGUUGGCUCAUGACAGAUGUAACAUUCCCAGAGAAGAUGUUAUGAUUGGGAAAUUUCCUGCAAAGUUUAUUUGUCAUUCAUUUUCAGUUCUGCAUUAAACAAGAGUUGUUUUAAAUUCUUAAGGGGUGUAUUUCUUUAAUAAGUCGUCUUAUUCUAUUGCAUCUUACCCUACCUAGACGUUUAGAAAGCUUGUAGGAGUUUUUAGUCUUAUUCUACUGCGGGCUUAAUCUUCUGCAUGUUUUAAAUUACGGUUGUACAUUUUUUCAGUGAUAAUUUUAUUGUUUUAUCUUUUAUUGUAAACCAGGGGUCGGCAAGGUUUACCUCAGCCUGGGCCGGUUCACUACAGCAGAGGUCACUCUGUGGGCCGGAUUGUGCGUGUGUGUGUGAGUGUGUGCGCCCGCGAUUUCUGGUGUCUGUGUCUGUGCAGACAUGAUUUUUGGCGCAUGCGCAUGGUGCUGCAGAAGCGAGUCCCCGCGCUGUGCCAGUUUAGCGCAGCACGUGGGGACUCCCCAAGUGGGCGACUCGGUUCGAGGGCGGCUCGUGGGCCAGUUAAACAACCCCUGGCCCAUGGGCCUUAGGUUGCCUAAAGGGAAAGGUAAAGGGACCCCUGACCAUUAGGUCCAGUCUUGACCGACUCUGGGGUUGCGGCGCUCAUCUCGCUUUAUUGGCCGAGGGAGCCAGCGUACAGCUUCCGGGUCAUGUGGCCAGCAUGACUAAGCCGCUUCUGGCGAACCAGAGCAGCGCACGGAAACGCCGUUUACCUUCCCGCCGGAGUGGUACCUAUUGAUCUACUUACACUUUGACCGAGCAACGGGAACUCACCCUGUCGCGGGGAUUCGAACCGCCGACCUUCUGAUCGGCAAGCCCUAGGCUCUGUGGUUUAGACCACAGCGCCACCCGCGUCCCUCUUUAGGUUGCCUACCCCUGUUGUAAACCUCCCUGAGGUUUUUCUACACUUGGUAUAUAAAUUUUAUGAAAUGAAAUAAAUAUUGGUAGACCUACUGAUUUUUUCUUCUUCCUUACCUUUCAGGUUCUUUAGGAACCUGUAUGCAACUGAAUCGGAUUCCGAGGCAGUUCUUGCACAUACGGUCUUUGAUCAGUUUGACUGUGCGGUCCUUCAUGGAUCUGAAAGUUCUCGUUUCUUCCCUUAAUGAUUUUGCUUCGCUCUCUCUGGCCGAAAGUUGGGACAAUGUGGGGCUCCUGGUUGAGCCAAGCCCUCCUCAUUCUGUCCGCACCCUCUUCUUGACCAAUGACCUCACAGAGGAAGUGAUGGAAGAAGCCCUGCAGAAAAAGGCCAAUCUCAUUCUCUCUUACCACCCACCUAUUUUCCAACCACUGAAACGCGUAACAUGGAAAACGUGGAAGGAACGUCUUGUGAUCCGAGCCUUGGAGAACCGAGUUGGCAUUUAUUCCCCACAUACCGCGUAUGACGCUGUACCUCAUGGAGUCAAUAACUGGCUUGCAAAAGGACUUGGUGAGACAUUACUGUUUUUAAAUAUAAAAUGAAUGUCAAAAUUUAUAUAUUGGGAUGGGCCAUGCAUGAAGAAAACCAACCAUAACAUAUCAGCACUUUUUAAAAAAACAACACUGAAUGUUCCUCCUAACAUUUAAUGUUGAUAUUUUCUGCUUUUGAAAAGUGCUGCAUAGACACCAAGCUCAAUGGCUUGCAAAAGGAUGGCUGUGGCAGUGAAUGUAGAAGCUGCCCUAUUAUACUGAAGCAGUGCAGACGUGAGUUCACAGCCAAUUUCUUCACCAUGCUUAAUAAUAAUUAUUAUUAUUAUUAUUAUUAUUAUUAUUAUUAAUACCCCGCCCAUCUAGCUGAGUUUCCCCAGCCACUCUGGGCGGCUUCCAAUCAAAUGUUAAAAACAAUACAGUAUUAAAUAUUAAAAACUUCCCUAAACAGGGCUGCCUUCAGAUGUCUUUUAAAAAGAAGAUAGCUGCUUAUUUCCUUCACCUCUGAAGGGAGGGCGUUCCACAGGGCGGGCACCACUACCAAGAAGGCCCUCUGCCUGGUUCCCUGUAACCUUACUUCUCGCAAUGAGGGAACCGCCAGAAGGGCCUUGGAGCUGGACCUCAGUGGGGUCUGAACAAUGGGGGUGGAGAUGCUCCUUCAGGUAUACAGGACUGAGGCCGUUUAGGGCUUUAAAGGUCAGCACCAACACUUUGAAUUGUGCUCGGAAACGUACUAGGAGCCAAUGCAGAUCUCUCAGGACCGGUGUUAUGUGGUCCUGGCGGCCACUCCCAGUCUAGCUGUGCAUUCUGGAUUAAUUGCAGUUUCCAGGUCACCUUCAAAGGUAGCCCCACAUAGAGCGCAUUGCAGUAGUCCAAGCGGGAGAUAACUAGAGCAUGCACCACUCUGGCAAGACAGUGCUUAGGAAUGGACUGCGGGCUCACACUCACACACGUAUUCCUGACCUGUGGCACAAGUUUCAUCAAUUCAGCCUAUUUUCUACUUUUGACUUGUUUGUGGAAUCAGCAAAGUCUGCGUUCCAGUUCACCAGCUGAAUCUGGAAUGCAUUUGCCUUUUAUCUUCUGAAAAAAUCUGACCCAGCUUUUUGAUAUCAACAUAGUCCGAUGACAUCUAAAUGUAGUCAUUGCAGUCACACGGCCACAGUCUCUGUUCGAGCCGAGGCUAGGAGGCAAUCUAGGAUCUUCACAUGUUCCACCCUGAGUUCCUCGGAAUAAGGGAGGGAUGUAAUUAUAAAUGAAGGGACACGGGUGGUGCUGUGGGUUAAACCACAGAGCCUAGGACUUGCCAAUCAGAAGGUCGGCGGUUUGAAUCCCCGCGACGGGGUGAGCUCCCGUUGCUCGGUCCCUGCUCCUGCCAACCUAGCAGUUCGAAAGCACAUCAAAGUGCAAGUAGAUAAAUAGGUACCACUCCGGCGGGAAGGUAAACGGCAUUUCCGUGUGCUGCUCUGGUUCGCCAGAAGUGGCUUAGUCUUGCUGGGCACAUGACCCGGAAGCUGUACGCCAGCUCCCUCGGCCAGUAAAGCGAGAUGAGCGCCGCAACCCCAGAAUCGGUCAUGACUGGACCUAAUGGUCAGGGGUCCCUUUACCUUUUUAUAAUUAUAAAUAAACGCUGCCAUGGAAUCACUGCAUGGUUAUAGGAAGAGAGAGGUCUAACACAGACAUAAAUGGUGACUAAGGCUUUAUGAAAUGAACAGCCUUUCUAAAGCAGUGCAGAACAUUGUCUUUCUGUCCAUCCAAUUUGCUGAGAGAUUUCCUAGAGAAGCCUUCCCAACCUGGUGCCCUCUAGAUGUUGUUGGACUUGAGUUCCUGUCGUGUGUCCAGUGGCCAUGCUGGCUGAAUCUUGAUGGGUGCUUGGAGACCUGGCUAAAAUCUUAUGAUUUCUAUUUUCAGAAAAUACGCCAUCUGGUUGCAAGGAAGAUAGAACUUUGCCAUGUGCGUUGUUGAAAUCCUUUAACGUGGUACUUUUCUUUUUCCUCAGGUCCCUGCAGCUCUGCUCCCUUGCAGCCUGCAACAGCUUCCAGUUACCCCACAGGGGGGUCUUUCCGCGUUGAGUUUACUGCUUGCCCGGACGACAACCUAGACACAAUUUUGUCCAGUUUGCGUGGGGUGCCAGAGGUGUCGUUUAUCACAACUGUUCCUGCCAGGUAAUGUUGAAGGCUACCAAAGGUGUUUCACUCUUGCUGUCAAACAGAAACCAACAAUUCUGGCGGGUGGCCUUGCUGGCCCAGUCAGAUAUUGUGAUUUGCCAACCCCUUUUUCUGCAGACAAGCCAAUUCCCUAGAUAAUCUAAUCCAAAAGUGACUAGAGUAUGAAUAAGACCAGGCCCUGUUUUUCCAGGAAAGGGCUCAACUGGCAUACAAGUAUAGGAGCAAAUUGUGGAAUGAUGCGUUAAGAAUCUUGGUUUGGUGUUAAUGACUUUUAACGAAUGUUUGGUAUAUUGGUUUACAUUUAGAAAGUAACUUGCCCUGGGAUUGCUGUGUGGUGAAAAGCAGGAUAGAAAUUUAAUGUAUGAAUUAAAUAAGAUAUUGCUGGUAGGAGCCAUUUCUGGCUACUUUGAGCACCCAGGAGCAGGGCUAUAUCCAGAAAACCCCAAACCUUCAGAGGGAAGACAACUCUUUCCACAACAUGCGAAAUACCUGCUAAGAUCACUAGAUCCUCUAGUCCCCAGUAUGUCCAUCUUAACUGGAUAAAGCUUCCAUUUCUUCAUCCUCAUCCAAUACAUAACUGCCACCAGAUACUACAACAGAAUUUGUACUAUAACCCCCAAUAUCAUAUUAUGGGAGAUGAGUGAGCAUUGUGGAUAUGGGUUGAACAUUUGAAUGACCUGACCCAACCUUUUCAAAGAGAGGUUAGCAUGGAAGAGGAGAUGGAUCCUUGUAGUACACCUGUGGCAGUGCAGAUAUUGUUGGACCUCAACUCUCAUCAGUCCCAACUAGGAGCCAGUAAUGAGGGAUGACGGCAGAGAGUCCAUCAACGUCUGGAGGGCCAAAGACCAUGGAUGGGGUAGAGAAGCAGCUUCUGAGCCUACUUUCAAGAGAGCAUUGGAGUUAAUGUUACUCACCCAAAGCAUAAUUAGUAGAUCACAACUGAUGUUUUUAAAUAAAAAAUAAUAUUAAAAAGUUACAAUUUCCCCAAGGGUUGGAGGGGAAGAGCAGACACGAGUCGGCGUGAACUGCAGCCAGCAAGCCUUGCUGCACGUGGUGGCCUUGCUCUCCCAGAACAGUCUUCUCUAUCAAAAGACUGAAAUCGUAUCAUUACAGAAGGUAAGUCACAUAUGUGCAUGGAAACAGAGAAUUCUAAGAAUUGGGAGGCAUCGCGAGGAUCAUCUAAAGGUAAAGGACCCCGGCAGUUAAGUCCAGUCGCGAGCGACUCUGGGGUUGUGGCGCUCAUCUACUGGACGAGGGAGCCGGCGUUUGUCCACAGACAGUUUUCCCAGGUCAUGUGGCCAGCAUGACUAAGCCGCUUCUGGCAAAACCAGAGCAGCACACAGAAAUGCUGUUUACCUUUCCACCAGAGUGGUACCUAUUUAUCUACUUGCACUUUGAUGUGCUUUCGAACUGCUAGGUGGGCAGGAGCAGGGACCGAGCAAUGGGAGCUCACCCUGUCAUCACGGGGAUUCGAACCGCCGACCUUCUGAUCGGCAAGUCCUAGGCUCUGUGGUUUAGACCACAGCGCCACCCGCGUUUCCGAGGAUCAUCUAGCCCUGCAGAAAUACGCAGGGAUUGAGCUUGCAACCUUGGCAUUAGCAGCACCAUGCUUUAAGCAACUGAGCCAUCCAGGCUUGCUUUGAGGAAGGGGUCUGGCCUGAGGCUGCAAAAUAUACCGUGCUCUGAUGGAAGAGUAGAAGACUUCUAUCUUAGGAAGGAGCUGGAAUGAAUGGGCCAGCCACCUCAAUGAGCUUAAAAGAGCCCCUCCCCUUCUCCGUCAAUAACCCUGUUGUGUACUUUGGCACUUUAAGCACAGCUUGUCUGCCCAUAUCUUUAUUGUUUAGUCGUGUCUGACUCUUCGUGACUCCAUGGACCAGAGCAUGCCAGGCACUCCUGUCUUCCGCUGCCUCCCCCAGUUUGGUCAAACUCAUGCUGGUAGCUUCGAGAACACUAUCCAACCAUCUCAUCCUCUGUCGCCCCCUUCUCCUUGUGCCCUCCAUCUUUCCCAACAUCUCAGGGUCUUUUCUCAUGAGGUGGCCAAAGUAUUGGAGCCUCAGCUUCAGGAUCUGUCCUUCCAGUGAGCACUCAGGGCUGAUUUCCUUCAGAAUGGAUAGGUUUGAUCUUCUUGCAGUCCAUGGGACUCUCAAGAGUCUCCUCCAGCACCAUAAUUCAAAAGCACUGCCUAUAUCUACUUAACGUUAUAUUGCAAGUGUGGGGAACUUUGGGACUGCUGAACUACAACUCUGAGCAGCCCCAGCAAGCAUGGCCCGUGACCAAGAAUGAUGGGAGUUGUAGUUCAGCAGCAUCUGAAGCUCUGUUAUAUUGGAUGUGUGUCUCACACACCUUUUUGAAGCCUCUGGGUAACUGUUUCCCUGCACUGUUAGCUUGAUUCUGUUUGGAGGGUUGCUGUGCCCUGCCUCUAGGAUAAGCUUAAGAAGCCAAGAGAGGUCUUUCCUGGGUGUGAGAGAGAAGAUUGGGAACUGACAGAGAUGGGUAGAGGGCAAGAUUUCAAAUGCUUAUUUUAUGCAGCAAAUGUUACUGUAUUUUUCGCUCUACAGGACGCACUGGACCAUAGGACACACCUUGUUUUAGAGGGGGAGAACAAGAAAAAAAAAUUCUCCCCCUCUCUGCUCAGCGCCCCUUCAGCGAAGCGGCAGGAGAAACGGAGCCCCUUCCAUUUCUCCUCCCGCUUGGCUGAAGGGGCGAUGCGCAGCUCUCCCUCUCUGCUGAAGCACACACAUUUCCCUUUUUUUUUUUUUUUUUUUUAAGAUAUUUAUUGGUUUUACAAAAGAAAAAAUUCCAAAAGAUACAGAGUUACAAAAAUUCAACAAACAAAAAAUAACAAUAACCAUGACAAGGAAAAAUAAAACAAAAAAAAAAGAAACAGAAAAGUUUAAAAGAUAUUUGUACUUUCAUUUAGCCUUCUUAUCUUUACCUAGUUCUUUGACUUCCCCGCAUCUCCCCGCUUGUACUUCCAUUUAAAAGCUCCUUUCAGCAAAUCCUUACCCUCCUUUCAUUAUCUUAACUCAAAAAACUUAAUCUAUUUAAAUAUAAAUAUUUUUACAACCUUAUCCAUCAAAUAUUCCAUACUCUUAAUCACAAAACUUUUGCCAAUACCAGUUAUUAUCAAUCAGACUUCAAUUUAACAUUCAUUAAUUUUAUAGUAUUUCUGUAGAUAGACUUUAAAUUUCUUCCAAUCUUCUUCCACCGACUCUUCUCCCUGGUCACGGAUUCUGCCAGUCAUCUCCGCCAGUUCCAUAUAUUCAAUUACCUUCAUCUGCCAUUCUUCCAGAGUGGGUAAAUCUUGUGUCUUCCAAUACUUUGCGAUGAGUAUUCUUGCUGCUGCUGUUGCAUACAUAAAAAAAGUUCUGUCUUUCUUUAACACCAAUUGGCCAACAAUGCCCAAGAGAAAGGCUUCUGGUUUCUUUAGAAAAGUAUACUUAAAUACCUUUUUUAACUCAUUAUAUAUCCUUUCCCAGAAGGCCUUAAUCUUUGGGCACGUCCACCAAAUGUGAAAGAAUGUACCUUCAGUUUCCUUACAUUUCCAUGAAGCACACACAUUUCCCCUUAAUUUUUGGAGAGGAAAUGUAAUCUCAUGAAGGAUAUAAUGUGGAGUUCCAGAUCUGAAUGCAACUGCUGUUUCCUGGCAGUGCUUCCCACUAGGUUAGUUGCUGGUAGGGUGGGGUAGGACGAGCUGCUGCAAUGACAGAAAUGAUGACUAGGAAGUUGUAGCUGCAUUCACUAUUUGAAGACAGUUUGGGAUCCAUUUACGUCCUGAGACUCCAGUUACAGCCCGUUCCUGAGCAUUUUUGCUGAAGCCCAUGGGGCCUGCUCCCAGGUAGGAAUGCAAAGGCUCUCAGUCUUUCUGUUGGCACAUCAAAAAUUAAAAUAACUUAUAACUUUUUCAUAUUGAAAAAUCAGAACUCCUAUUAAACAAGUUCCGUUUCAAAUACUGAAAUACUAAAUAAGAUGGAUAACAAAGUGUAAUAGAAAAAGAAGUAUGAAAUUAGGUUAAAGGUAUGUGAAAGAAAGUAAUAGAAGUGGAAAGAAAUUGCAGUUGAGUAGAUUGGAAGUCUAACACAAAGGUGGGGUGAGGGUGGUGGAUGGUGAUGGGAAAAGCAAUUAUCUGUGGGAUUGAGUGUAGGUAUGUUUGAACACUUUUAAGGAUUGUAUGAAAUGUAUGUUUGUAUAUUUGUAAUAUAUGUGUAUUAAUGCUGAAUUAUUUUAACAAUAAAAACUUUUCAAAAAAAAUAAAUUAAAAUAACUUAUUAGAAAGAAUAACAAAUUACGUGAAAUAGUCCAGGGGUUCCCAAACUGGUCUUCUGCAGCGUUUUUGUGGAUCUGUGGUUGAAGACGGGAGGUGGCACAUCCACUGCAUUACAUAUUCGUAUUGUUGUAUUGCUUAUAUUGAAUUUGGUAUUAUUGCGAUUUGCAUUGUAUGGCAUUCAAGUAAUACGAAACGCAAUGUAUAAAAAAAGGAAAGGAGCAAUAAAAUUGCAAUUAUAAGUCCCACAAGUGCAUUUAUAAUGGUUAAAACAGGCAGAAGAAUCAGGAAGCAGCCUGCCCAGACUUUCAGUGGCCCAUGAGGGGAAAACGUUUUGGAACAACUGAUACAGUACAGUCCUUUAAGAGUAUCACAUGUCUUUGGAAACGUGCUUGUAUUUAGGGAAACUGUCAGUUGUUGAAGUGGGCCGAGAUGUGUGUAAGCCCUUCUAAAGGAACUCUUUAAUUUUUGCUUCUCCUCAGCCUCUUCUUGAAGAUACUGGCAUGGGACGCUUGUGUGCACUGAAGGAGCCAGUCUCUAUUUCCACCUUGGUUGAACGAGUGAAAAGCCACUUAAGACUGUCUCAUAUUCGCCUAGCCCUUGGAGCUGGAAAAUCAUUGGGUAUGGUACUUGUAUUUCCUCAUAGGAAGAAACAUUGGGCCACAGACAUGCAUUACUUACUUCCUAUAAAUGGUCUAUUGUUCUGUAUAUAACAGGAGAAUGUCCACUCGCUGCAGCAAAGAGAGCCAGCUAAUUCUGAAGUGACUGUUUUUCUUCCUACUGUUAAACGGGGCAGCCCAUGUAUCCUGGCCAUGUAAGCAGCCUUCAGAUCCUUGAAGGAAAGGCAGGUUAUAAAUAUUACAAAACACUGCUUGAAUGCCAGUCUUGGCCAUACACAAUCUUAACAGGGCUUAAGUCCAAGUAAAUGUCUUUGAGUUCAGUGGGACUUCCUCUCUAGUAAGUGUGUUUAGAAUUGCAGAAGUAAAAGUGACUAAAGCAAGUUCAGACAGUCUAUAAUUGGACCAGCUGGAACUUCUGGAAGUGGUUUAAAAACGUGCACACAAAGAGAGAGCAGAUCCAAACGAAUGUCUUCUGAACAGAACAUCUUUUUGAGGGUAGGCUAAAAAUAAUUAUAGUUCCGUCUCCAAAUGGGGAACAUGGAACAAUUGAAGUGGUGAAGCUCACUACGAUUUGUGGAGGACUUAACUUGGUCUUAUAGCAUUAUAUGGAUCUAGGAUGCAGGCUUUGACUGUUUGCCCACCUGGGCUGAGUGGUAUCUUCCAGGCAGCAGCUCCUUAUGGUCUUUGGCUGCUGGAGGUUUUUCAGGGUAUUGCGACCAGGGUUUACUUAUGCUGGAGUUUGGUUGUGGGAACUGAACAUGAGGCUUCCUGUAGGCAAAAUGUGCUCUUCUGCUAAGUUAUAGCCUCCUCCUGUAGAAAACUUUGGAAACUCCUUGGCACAAGGAUGGGGAACCUGCUGCCCUCUGGACCGAUGUUGUUGGACCUCAACUCUCAUCAGAUCCUUGGGAGAGCCACAGGUUCCCCAGCCUCCCUGAGAGGACCGUCGGCGUAACAACGGGGUUUUACCAUUUUGUAGAAUCCCAGGUGAAGGCGGUUGCCCUUUGCGCCGGCUCAGGAAGUAGUGUUCUGAAAGGCACAGAAAGUGAUCUCUACCUCACAGGUAAGAACCUCUCAAUAAUAAUGUAUGAAAGCAGUCGAUUCAAAGAACCUGUUUGGUUGCCUAGGAAUCGAGGUAGGGAAGACACCGGGUUUAACGGUUAAACCAAAGGGGCAGAGUGAAGAGCAGCAAGUAUAACACACAUGGAAAUCUCGUGUCGCAGCUUUAAUUAAGUCUUGGGGAGAAGGGAAAAGGUGAGAUGCAGGAAACAGGCACAAAAGAAAGAUGGCGGAUUGGGUGGGGAUGCAAGAGCCAUGCACAGCCUUCAGUUCCCUGCAAUGCAUCCUUGUGGUUCUAUGGGAAAUUGGAAAAUGAAGCUUUUUGGUACCUAUAGGGCCUCUUCCUCGGCACUGAACUUGCCUGGAUUGAGCCCAGAUCGAUCUUUCUUGAAACCUGUUCACAUCACUACAUUUUAAAAAAAGUAUGCAUUGUACUCUGCUUUUCAGCCAAUGCCUGUAAGAUCACUAACCAACAUGGCCAUUGGUUCUUUUCUGUCUCAAUUACAAGCGAAGGGCCCAAGUCCUAAUCAAUAACCAGUAUCUUAAUUAUAUUGGUAGGAGAGAUGUCCCACCAUGACGUACUGGACGCUGUUUCCAAAGGGAUCAGCGUGAUCUUGUGCGAGCACAGCAACACUGAGCGAGGCUUUCUGCUGGAGCUGCAAAAAGAGCUGGCUGCGCACCUUCAGAACAAGAUCUGUAUCGUAGUUUCUGAGAGAGACAGAGACCCCCUUCAAGUGGUAUAG